AUGGCCGAUCUACAGGCUGAAAUCGAAUUAACUGUGGAAUUAAGAAAGUUUUUUAAUAUUGAUUUAUUUGUUCAAGGCUAUUAUCAAAUUCGUAUUGGAAUUAAAUUUGCACCGAAAAUUCAAGCAGCAACGAAAAUUGAAAUAAAAUCUGAACUCUCAUCCAUCUUAGAUGAAUCCAAUGAACAGAUUUAUCCUGCUUGUAUAUUUAAUGAUUGUGGUGUUAGUAAAACAUUUUUAAUUAUAUAUAAAAAUGCAGAAGUUGAACUUGAUGAUCAAUUUAAUUUCAAACUCUCUGUUAUUGUUGAUGCUCAAAAUAUUACGGAUUGCUUUAAUCGAAUGGAUAUUCAGCUUUGUCUUGAGCUAUAUUUUAUGGAAAAAGAGUACUCACCAGAACGAAUUGGAGCAAUGCAAUCAUUAUGCAGCCGAUCUUAUAAACUUCAUUUUAAUCCACGUUUGGGACUUCAUACUCAUGUACCAAUACUUUUCGACUAUUUUCAUUUAUCUGCAUUAACAGCAACGAUUCAUGGUUCACUACUUUGUCUUAUUCCACCUUAUGUAUUUGAUCGGCCCAACGUACGUCACACUUCAUUGUUUAGUUUUCUUUUCGGUCAAGAUUUAUCACAGAUUACCACUGAUCAACUAAAUCCAACAUUACUCGAUCGAGCAUAUCAUCUACAUAAUAAUAUAUGCGAAAUACUUCUUUCGUCUUAUGAAUCUUUGCAAGAUUUCUAUGAAAAAAUGAUACAACAUUUAUCAGCACAUGAACAAAAACCUAUACAUCAUCAUCAAAAUUGUCGCCAAAGAUUAAAAGAGCUUAGUGACAAAUUAAAAACCACAGAUGAUAUUCAUUCAAUAGACAAUUUAGCACAUGCACAUAUUGCUCAAUGUUCAGCAGAAAAUAUAAUGCUUUGGUGUCAAUUUAUUCAAACAUUCGGUUUACAUGAAAUAACAGCAAUUGUUCUUGCAAAAGAUUAUCAUUUCAAACGAGUAAAACGUCUUUCAGAAGGAUUUUUUCUUCGUGAAACAUCGAGAAUUAACAUUCUUAUCAACGAAGGUGAUUUAUUCAACGAUAUACAUGAACUUGUUAGAAAUUCUUUAUACUAUUCACGUUUGCCACAUUUACCAAUCGAAUGUAUUGAACUUGAUGGUGUAUCAGAUACUUUACCGAUUCUUAUCGAAGAGAUUUAUUCACCUAAUGAACAACCGUCAACAACAACAACAAUUAUAUCAUCAUUAAAUCCUACGAAUAAUAAUGAUAAUACUGUUUUUCAAAGAGUUCAGAAUCUUAGUCAACUCAAUUCAAAACUCAGUCAUAGCGUUAGUGAAAAGUUAAACGAAAUGAGAUCCAACUCAGCUUCAAAUAUUUUAUCAUCACCACGUUCACAAUCUAAAAAGCAACAGCAACAACGAACGACAACAUCACCAACUAAAAGUAAUUCAAAUAAUACAAGUUCCACAUUAGUUCGUCAUCAAUCUGCUAAAACCUUUUCAUUUUUUCGAAAUCAUACCCAAAAAAAUAUUAAUUCUGUGGUAGCAUUAUCGAAUGAACCAUUUGUAAAAUUAACUUCAAUUCGUAAAGUCGAUCAAGAUAAUGUAUCAUCAUCACCAACACUGAAAUCACAUACUAGUCCUGCAUUUGGCCUAUUUCCUAAUCAAUCCGAUUCUGGCAUCAAUGUUAGUCGUGAUGAACGAUUCGAUUCUUCAUGUAUAUCUACAAAAACAAGUCAUCAGUCAUUACCGAAUGUUUCAAUACAACGAAGUAAUAGUAGUAUAUCAUCAGUAAAUUCCAAUGUAAUUGAUUCAUCAAUUGUCCCAACAUUUUUAUGUUCAACAUCGGAUAAAGUUGAUGAUGAUGUUUUUCAAACAAGCGAUCAAAAUAAUAUUGUAGCUGCGUCAACAUUUGGCGAUUCGAGUACGAAAUCAAAAGUUCUACGCGCAUCUUAUCGCGGUAAGCCUCAUACAAUGGAUCGACAAACAAGAAUAUCAAAUGCAGUACGAUCAUCUUCAACAUCAUCAACAACAUACAAUAAACAUUCAUCAAAUACGCAACCAAAAUAUUUCAUUACAAAAACUGAUGAUAAAAUAACAGCAACAACACCAAAUCAACCAGUGAAUUAUGCACUCGAUUCUGUUCUUAGUUUAACUUUAGAAUUAGAACAAACAGCCACAGCUAAUGUUCAACGUAGACAUACAAUCUCAGCGCACGAUAUCAAUCCUUUACUAUUAAAUGGUUUAACUGAUGAUGAAAAUCAAUUGAAUCUGAUAGAAAGAGCAAAUCAACAGAAUUCUUCUAUAAUAGUUAAUAAUGAACCAACUAAUGCAACAGAUAAUAAACAAGACAUUUCAUUAGAAUAUGAUCGACUACAAAAUAAAUCCAUCAACAGCCAAACUAUUGAAUUUGUUGUUUACAAAGAAAAGUUAAAACAAUUACUUUCAUCAAAAUGUUCAGCAAAUUUUAUGUUUUUCUCUGAUUUUUCUACUCCAAUAUCAAUGACUCCAUAUUUUUAUCAAGAGAUAGUACCAUUCGAUACGAAUGGUAUUCAUCUAAUAAUAUGUGUACACGGUUUAGAUGGUAAUUCUGGUGAUUUACGUUUAAUGAAAACAUACCUUGAAUUAUGUUUGCCAUCAUGUCAAUUUGAUUUUCUUAUGUCAUCAUCAAAUCAUUCAUCAACAUUUGAUGAUAUUGAUGUUAUGGUUAAGCAACUUAUUGAAGAAAUCGAUUCACAUAUUGAACGUAGUAUUUCAAGACCACAACGUAUUAGUUUUAUUGGUCAUUCGUUGGGCAAUCUAAUUAUACGUGCUACUGUUAGUAAUACACGUUUUGAACGAUAUAGAUCAUUACUUUACACAUAUCUUUCUUUGUCUGGACCACACUUAGGAACACUAUUUAAUACUAGUGGUUUAGUUAAUAUAGGAAUGUGGCUAAUGCAAAAAUGGAAAAAAUCCUCUAGUUUAUCACAAAUGUCAUUUUCUGAUCAUAUCGAUCCAAAGCAAACAUAUUUGUACAAGCUUAGUAAACAACCUUGUUUGGAAUUUUUUAAAAAUAUUUUAAUGGUUGCUUCACCACAAGAUCGUUAUGUUCCAUUUCAUUCAGCUCGAAUUGAAGUUUGCAAAGCUGCAUUGAAAGAUACCUCUUAUGGCUCGAUUUAUGUCGAAAUGAUAAGUAAUUUACUUGAACCAAUACUACGUAAUCCAUCAAUAACAUUCGUUCGUUAUAAUGCCUUUCAUAGCAUUCCAUCGGGUACCAAUAAUAUUAUUGGUCGGGCCGCACAUAUAGCGAUAUUGGAUUCUGAACUAUUUGUUGAAAAACUCAUAUUGGUUAGUGCUGCUAAAUAUUUUAAAUGA